AUGGGGUGCUUCUCCUUCCUGAAGAUGAUGAUGUUUGUGUUCAACGGCGUUAUAUUUCUGAGCGGCUUGGCCGUGCUGGGCAUCGGCAUCUGGGUGAAGGUGGAUGGAGGCUCCUUCGUGCAGAUCCUGGGGGCCGCCGCGCCCCAGCUGAUGCAGCUGAUCAACGUGGGGUACCUGUGCAUCGCUGUCGGCACCUUCCUGCUGCUCAUGGGCUUCCUGGGCUGCUGCGGGGCCAUGAAGGAGAGCAAGUGCAUGCUGCUGCUGUUCUUUGUCAUUAUCCUGAUUCUCUUCAUCGCUGAGGUCGCGGGGGCCGUCGUCGUCCUCGCCUUCUCCUCCGUGGCUGAUAUAUUCAUUGAGCACCUGAAAAACUGGGCUGUGAAAACUUUACGAGAGGAUUACGGGAGGCAGGACGACGUGACUGCAAUCUGGGACACAACCAUGAAGGAGCUGAAGUGCUGUGGCUUCAACAACUACAAGGAUUUCAACAGCUCCUACUUCUACCAAACUCACAGCCAGACUUAUCCCACAGGCUGCUGCCUGCCGCCCAAGCAUGAGUGCCUGGAAUCUGAACUGGACAGCACCAAGCAGGGCUGCUUGCAUGAGUUCCAGACCUUCCUGAGCAGGAACGGGAGGAUCGUUGGAGGGGUGGCGUUAGGAAUCGGUGUGCUCGAGCUGGCCGCAAUGGCCGUUUCCCUGGUUCUGUAUUGUCAGAUCAGUACGAGCGGCUGAAAAACAAGAUUUCCACCGGAAACACAAAACGCCUCUCCUGCCAUCCACAACUCCUCCUGCCUUUGCAUCUCCCUGAGGUUCACUGCGAGAGAAACCUAACUUUUCUUAUUAAUCGCUAAUCCCUAAUGUUUCCUGUUAAUCUGUAAUAGCGCUGAGCAAUCAGAUGGCUGCGACGCCAAUGAGACUACAGUGGGAAGUGGGAUGGUAUCUUUCCCAUGCUGUUUUUUGUGUCUGUUUCAAUGAUAAAUUCGAUCUGAUUUGUUUUUCUUGUGUGCGCAACAAGAAAUUAG